AUGUCAGCUCCCGAUCGGCGCCUCUUAAACCGCCGCUCCUCUACCCAACACUACCAGACUUUUGAUACCCCGCCGCCCAAGUCACGCGGCCGACCCAACUCCGGCCAGUCAGGAUCAUCGGAGGAAAUAGCACACAUUAUCACUGAUGCCCCUCGCCCACAAAUUGUCCAGUCUCCAUUGCCCAAGCGGCAGAUGGCAGUACUGGCGAUGAUUGCCUUGGCCGAACAAACCGCACUGAACUCGAUCAGUCCUUAUCUUCCCGACAUGGCCUCGACUUUCCCGGAAGUGGAGUCUAGCCAGGUGGGCGUUUACGUUGGAACAAUUGCAUCGGCGUUCGCGUUGGCUCAAUUUGCUACAAACUACUUCUGGGGAGCGUUGUCCGACCGCAUUGGUCGGAAGCCAGUCAUUCUUCUUGGUACUUUGCUUACCGCACUGUGCUUCGUUGCCUUCGGAUUCUGCAAGACUCUCGGUCAAGCUAUCGCCGUCCAGGCACUGAUGGGUCUUGUCAAUGGCAACCAAGGCUUGGUUUCCACAUGUCUGGGAGAGAUCACCGACCGCAGCAACCAGUCACAAGCUUUCACCUGGCUUCCCGUUCUAUAUGGAAUCGGAGGUAUAACAGGCCCACUCUUGGGAGGAUUGCUAGUUCUUGAAAACAACCCAUUUACCGGAAAGAAAAACCCAUACCCAUACCUUGCUCCGAAUCUGGUUUCCGCUGUUAUCCUUCUUGUGGAUUUUGGAUUGGCGGCUUUCUUCAUGGAGGAAAGUUUGGAAGAUGCAGGGAGUUUACCAAAGCUGACCAAGAAGGUUCGCAACCUUUUUGCCUGGCUCUGGCAGUUCACUGGGCUCUCGCGUCACCCGACCUACCUCCGUCUUCCUACACCCACAACUCACCAUUCAGUCGAGAAUGAGGACCACGAUAGUGAUUUGGAUUCAGCUUCGGAAGUGUCGAGCCGCCUUGAGCACCACGAGGAGUUGACAUGGGACGAAAUUUUCAAUCGCGACACUCUUCUACUACUUUUGACAUACUUGAUUUUUGCUCUGUGCAACGUCUCAUUUAAUUCGCUGUUCCCAAUAUUCGCGCAAGCUCAACCACCAGCUGGACGUAAGCUCACACCUUCUGAGAUUGGCCUUUCUCAGGGAUUUGCCGGUAUCGUGACAAUAAUUUUCCAGAUUUGCGUCUUUAAUCGCCUUCGCGACAAAAUGGGUAAUCGGUGGUCCUACCGCGCAGGCCUUUUCGGCUUUGUGCUCUCUUUCCUCCUGAUGCCCUUCAUCGGUUACAAGAGCGAAACUGGCAAAGGACUUACUCGCCAAUCCGCACUGAUGGCCAUGGAGUUAUGUUUCGUGCUUCUGGUCAAGACUGUCGCCUCUGUUGGUGGUCUGACCAGUGCUCUGUUGCUAAUCACCAAUUCUGCGCCGAACCACGCUGUCCUGGGUGCCCUCAAUGGUCUUGCGCAGGCUCUUUCCGCUGGCGGACGUGCUCUGGGUCCCUUUCUAUCCGGAGGACUCUUCACCCUGACAUCGAAGAUCCAGCCGAAGGGCGAAGCCGUGGCCUUUGGGGUUUUCGGAGCUGUCUCUUUCGUCGGAUUCGUCAUGAGUUUCGGCAUUCGUGGCCGUGCUCUUGAAGCAGAAGGCUGGGCGAGUGAUAGUGACGACGCGGCCUACAAGUCCGACGACGACGAGCCGAACAUCACAUAA